AUGGAGGAGUUCUUUUUAGGAUUUUUAAAGGUGGAUGAUACAUCAGGACGAGGACUUUUUGAAGAACUUGUAAAUAUUUUGCAAGAGCUUAAACUUGAUAUUGGUGAUGUAAGAGGACAAGGGUAUGAUACUGGUUCUAAUAUGAAAGGAAAACAUAAAGGUGUACAAAGAAGAUUAUUAGAGAUAAAUCCUAGAGCAUUCUACACACCUUGUGGUUGUCAUAGUCUUAACCUUGCACUUUGUGAUAUGGUAAACUCUUGUUCGAAAGCUUCAUCUUUUUCGAAGUGGUGCAACACAUAUAUUCAUUGUUUGCAUCUUCUACAAAGUGGUGGAAAGUUCUUACAGGAAGGUCAACUUGAAAGUGUUAAAGCAAUAAGAUUCCAAGCUCCUGAUAUAAGAGAUGCUUUGAUUUACUUAGCAAGUUCUAGUGAAGAUUCCAAGACUAAAAGUGAUGUUGAGUGCUUAGCAACAUAUGAAAUUGAGAAUUUUGAGUUCUUACUUGGUAUGGUUAUUUGGUUUGAUAUUUUGAAUGCUAUUAACAAAAUAAGUAAAAUCAUGCAAUCAGAGGAUAUGAAGGUUGAUGUUGCUAUAGACCUUUUAAGAGGGCUCAUUUUCUUUUUUGAAAGCUACAGAUAA